AUGUCGUACGGUGGACCCCCGCAAAACCAAUACGGCGGCGGUGCCGGUUACUAUGACCAGCAAGGCCAAGGAUACCCCCCUCAGGGUCAUUCUCCUCAACCACAGCAAGGCUAUUACCCACCAGAGGGCCAGCAGGCUUACGGCCAGCCUCAGUAUGGUCAGCCCCAAUAUGGCCAGCACCCAGGACCUUAUGAUCAACAUGGUGGCCAGGGCUACCCCCCACAGCCCCAGCAGGGCCAGUACCCUCCCCAUGAUCGCGGCCACUCGCCCUAUCCUCCCCAGCAACAGCAGUACCCGCAAGGUGGUGGUGCGAGCUCCGAGUACUAUGGCGGCGCACCCCCGUACCAGCAACAGCCAGGACAGCCUGGUCCUGUAGGACAGGAGGGCGACAGGGGCCUCGGGUCUACGCUGCUCGGUGGCGCGGCUGGUGGUUUCAUGGGUAACAAGCUUGGCCAUGGCAUGCUCGGUACUGCGGGCGGUGCUGUUCUGGGUGCUGUUGGUAUGAACAUGGCAACUAAUAAGCUUGGGAAGGAGGCUAAGAAGCACAAGAAAGAUAAGAAGCAUAAAAAGGACAAGAAGCACAAGAAGAAGGGCUCGAGCUCGAGCUCCAGUUCCUCGUCUGAUAGCGACUAG